AUGAGCCGGCGGGGAAUCGACGGAGCCGCCGACGCCGCCCGCCAUGGACCCCUCCGAGCGCCCCGCCGUCGUAUUCGACAACGGCACAGGUAUAGCAAACUUGGGUUUGCUGGUAACUCCGAGCCGUCUUUCACCAUCCCUACUGUAGUAGCUGUGAAUGAAUCUUUCUUGGACCAAUCAGAGCAGUGCAGUAGUGCAAAUUGGCUAGCACAGUAUAAUGCGGGUGUCAUGGCUGAUCUUGAUUUUUUUAUCGGGGAUGAGGCUCUGUCACAUUUCAAAUCUAGUGGCCUGUACAGUUUAAGAAGCCCAAUUCGUCAUGGUCAGGUGAAUGACUGGGAUACAAUGGAGAGAUUUUGGCAGCAAUCCAUUUUCAAUUAUCUACGGUGCAAUCCUGAGGAACACUACUUCCUACUUACAGAUAGUCCUGUCAGUACGCCGGAAAGUCGUGAAUGUAUGGGAGAAAUUAUGUUUGAGACCUUUAAUGUCCCUGGUCUAUAUAUUUCUGUGCAAUCUGUGCUCAGCCUUUCUGCUGGAUUUGCAUAUCUGAAAAGUCUUUCUGAAGAGGAUUCAGAAGAUUCUGUGUCUGAUAUGACAGGUGUAGUAGUUGACAUUGGGGAUGGAGCUCCACAUAUUGUGCCAGUUGUGAACGGCUAUGUAAUUGGGAGUAGCAUAAAGUCUUUUCCUCUUUCCGGAAGUGAUGUAACUCAGUUUGUUAUGCAGCUCUUACAGGAAAGGGGUGAGCUUCUUCCACCUGAUGAUGCUUUGGAUAUAGCUCGUAGGGUGAAAGAAACGUAUUGCUAUACUCCUUCAGACAUUGUCAAGGAGUUCAAGAAGCAUGACAGCAAGCCUAGUAAAUAUAUCAAACAAUGGUCUGCAAUCAAACCGAAGACUGGGGUUCCAUACACAGUUGACAUUGGAUAUGAGCGUUUUCUUGGACCAGAGAUCUUCUUCCAUCCUGAGAUGUAUUCUCCUGACUUCUCCACUCCUUUACCUGAACUGAUUGACAGCUGUGUUCAAUCUGCGCCAAUUGACACAAGGAGAGCUUUGUAUAAGAACAUAGUAUUAUCUGGUGGAACUACCAUGUUUAAAGACUUCCACAAGAGACUCCAAAAUAAUAUAAAGAAGAUAGUAGACGAACGUGUUGCCGAAACUAAUGCGCGUCAUCGCGUGGAGGUGAAACCUGUUGAGGUCAACGUAGUCACCCAUCCUAUACAGAGCUAUGCAGUUUGGUUUGGGGGUUCUGUAGCUGCAUCCAGCCAUGAAUUCUUCGAGUGCUGCCACACAAAGGAAGAUUACGAGGAGCAUGGAGCAAGCAUCUGCCGAACAAGCACCGUUUUCAAAGGAAUGUACUGA